ACCGCCAGGUGGAAACGGCAGGUGGGUUCAGGUGCCAGCCUGGCCCGGGCCCGGCUCUGGGACUGAGUCUUCCGGUCAGUGACACCGGCAGCUCCCAAGGGCCUGGAGACCCGUUGGCCAGGCUUUGGCAUCUGAGCUCAUCGCCCUGGCCUGGAGUUCUCCUCCCCUGUACCUAGUAAGGAUCACCUACCCACCUCCGCCACUCCGAGACUCCCCCUCCGCGAGUCCAGGGGAGAGGAGGAGCGACCUGCUGGGCAGUUCCCCAUUCCCCCACCGAGCUGGGCAGUUAGCCAGCCCACCCCAACUCUCGGAACCAUGUUUGCAGACUUGGACUAUGACAUCGAGGAGGAUAAACUUGGGAUCCCCACUGUGCCUGGGAAGGUGACCCUGCAGAAGGAUGCUCAGAACCUGAUCGGCAUCAGCAUUGGAGGGGGGGCCCAGUACUGUCCUUGCCUCUAUAUUGUCCAGGUGUUCGACAACACUCCUGCUGCCUUGGAUGGCACUGUGGCCGCUGGUGACGAGAUCACCGGUGUCAAUGGCAAGUCAAUCAAAGGGAAGACUAAGGUGGAGGUGGCGAAGAUGAUUCAGGAGGUGAAGGGGGAGGUGACCAUCCACUACAACAAGCUUCAGGCGGACCCCAAGCAGGGCAUGUCCCUCGACAUUGUGUUGAAGAAGGUCAAGCACCGGCUGGUGGAGAACAUGAGCUCGGGCACGGCUGACGCCCUGGGCCUGAGCCGGGCUAUCCUGUGCAAUGAUGGGCUGGUGAAGAGGCUGGAGGAGCUGGAGCGAACAGCCGAGCUGUACAAAGGGAUGACAGAACACACCAAGAACCUCCUCCGGGCCUUUUAUGAACUGUCACAGACCCACCGGGCCUUUGGGGACGUGUUCUCUGUGAUUGGGGUGCGGGAGCCCCAGCCGGCGGCGAGUGAGGCCUUUGUGAAGUUUGCUGAUGCGCACCGCAGCAUUGAGAAGUUUGGCAUCCGGCUGCUGAAAACCAUCAAGCCAAUGCUGACAGACCUGAACACGUACCUCAACAAAGCCAUCCCCGACACGCGGCUCACCAUCAAGAAGUACCUGGACGUGAAGUUCGAGUACCUGUCCUACUGCCUGAAGGUGAAGGAGAUGGAUGACGAGGAGUACAGCUGCAUUGCCCUGGGCGAGCCGCUGUACCGCGUGAGCACCGGCAACUACGAGUACCGCCUGAUCCUGCGCUGCCGCCAGGAGGCGCGCGCGCGCUUCUCGCAGAUGCGCAAGGACGUGCUGGAGAAGAUGGAGCUGCUGGACCAGAAGCACGUCCAGGACAUCGUGUUCCAGCUGCAGCGCUUCGUGUCCACCAUGUCCAAGUACUACAACGACUGCUACGCGGUGCUGCGCGACGCCGAUGUGUUCCCCAUCGAGGUGGACCUGGCCCACACCACACUGGCCUACGGCCCCAGCCAGGGCGAGUUCACCGACGGGGAGGAGGAGGAGGAGGACCCGGCAGCCAAAGAACCUGCCCGAGACCCGCGCGGGGCCGCCGGGCCCCUGGACAAGGGUGGAAGCUGGUGUGACUCCUGAGCGCCCCGCCCCCAGGCCAGAUCUGGGGGGUCGGGCUCAGAAAGGCCUGCGGGCCUCCCGCUCCUCCGUCCUGCACACGGCGGGCCUGGGCUCCUGCUGGACAGCACCACCCCUUUCCUUCCGCCUCCCCAGCCCAGGGAGAGCGUGGCCUCCGGACCCGUCUAGAGGGAGAGGCAGGAAGAAAGACAGCUGAAGGGGCAGAAGUCCAGGGCCGGCCCUGCGGGCGCCUCUGUGCGCCCCUCGCCUGCCCGGGCAAGGGCCAGGUGGAUGCGAGGUGGAGGCCUGCAUCUCACACUGCGCGGCGGCCCCACGCACCUCGGCAGCCUUUAUUUAUUUUGUUCCCUCAGCUCUGCCACUUCUGGAGAAGGGCUGGGCUCAGGGCCUGUACUGAAUAAACAAACCCAGGCGAGCCGCCGGACUCCA